AGUGACAUUUAUGGACUGCCACCCGAGCUGAAACAAUAAAAAAACUGACAUUUCAACUGCCAAACAUAAAAGUGGGGACAGAGAUUUGUAGUCUCAUUUCAACAUGUUGAUAACGUUUGAAAUUGAAACUAUAUACAUCUUCAUCUUCUUAAUAAUCCCUUUUGUCCUUAUACAUUGAUGCUUUAAGUUUCAUGUUAACAAAAGGAACAAAGCCACCCUUAUUUUUUGCUAAGCAUCAUUAAAUUUUCUUCUAAGAGAUGGAAUCAAUGAUCAAGGCAUGGUUGGUGAUGCCUAUUCUUUUCUUGUCUGCAAACUAUUUGCAACAAUGUGUCAAUGGAAAAUCACAAGUACCUUGUUUGUUUAUCUUUGGAGACUCUUUAUCUGAUAGUGGAAACAAUAACAACCUUCCUACCUCUUCAAAAGCUAAUUACAAUCCUUAUGGUAUCGACUUUCCGUUCGGCCCAACUGGAAGAUUUACCAACGGUCGAACUGCAAUUGACAUAAUAACUCAACUUCUUGGAUUUGAGGAAUUCAUUCCACCGUUUGCAAACAUUAAUGGUUCAGACAUACUCAAAGGUGUGAACUAUGCAGCUGGGGGAGCUGGAAUUCGUUCCGAGACAAGCAUGACUUCGGGUUUUAUUAUCAGCUUGGGAAUGCAGUUAAAAAAUCACAGAGAUAUAGUUUCUCAAAUUGCUGGCAAACUUGGAAGUGUUGACAAAGCUCAACAAUAUCUUAACAAAUGCUUGUAUUAUGUGAAUAUAGGAAGUAAUGAUUACAUAAACAAUUACUAUCUUCCUCAAUACUAUCCAACAAGCCUUAUGUAUAGCCCUGAUCAGUAUGCAGAAGCUCUAAUCCAAGAGUUAUCUUUGAAUUUACUGGGUUUACAUGACAUUGGAGCAAGAAAAUAUGUGUUGGUUGGGUUAGGCCUAUUGGGCUGCGUUCCAUAUACCAUAGAUAAUCAUGGAACAAAUGGUUCUUGUGUUGAUGAGGAAAAUGACCCUGCAUACAUUUACAAUGUUAAGCUUAAAUCUCUAGUGGAUAAUUUCAACAAGAAGUUCUCUCUUGAUUCCAAAUUCAUCUUCAUAAAUAGUACAUUAGAAUCAGAUAUCCAGAAUCCAGAUCGUUUUUUGGUUUCAAAUGCUCCUUGUUGUCCAUCAGGGUGUUUUCCUGAUGAAAGGCCGUGCUAUAAUAGGAGUGAUUAUGUGUUUUGGGAUGAUGCCCAUCCCACUGAGGCUUGGAACCAACUCACUGCAAUAAGGUCUUAUGAAGAUACAGAUGAUUCAGGGUACACUUAUCCAAUGGAUAUUAAGCAACUUGUUGAACAAGAAACUAUGAUGAAAUUGGAGCCUAGUGCCUCUAGUUAAAUAGUUUCAAACUAACAAUAAAUUGGUUUAUUAUUGUUAUAAUUUAAUAUUUUAGCAUUUAGC